UGGGUGCUUCCUGUUUCAAAGUCCAGCUGAGGGAACAGAUUACGAGUAAAAACAGCAAAUCUAACUGGAGAUGGUGUUGGCCAAAUAGACUUUGUUAUAAAUCUAGCAGCGCUUCGACAGAGCGGAGCAGACAUGCAGCGGUCUCUGGAGUCUCUGGUGCAGCUGCUGGAGUCCUACAGAGGCAGAGAUAAAGUCAUCAGGACAGUGUGUUAUGGAUCCCAGCUGGUUGGAGGAGUUCUUUCCCGGAGAGCAGAGGCAGAUGUCCGGUCCCAGCGGCUCGGGAAAAGCCUGCUGCUGUUUUCUGCUCAGCUCAGUCACUGCAGGACGGUGCUCAGGUUGUUCGAUGACCUCUCCAUGCUGGCCUACUCCCACAGCUACGGGCUUGGAAAUGGGGAGGAGGACGCAGCCGUGCGCUGGAUAUCCGUGCUAAACAAUGUGGCGGACCAGCUGUACUACCCCUGUGAACACAUCGCCUGGGCCGCCGACGCAGAGCUCAUCAGAGUGAAGUCUGAUAAGUGGUGGCUGUUCAGCACAGUGCUUUGGGGAACCUCGCUGCUGCUGGGAAUCCUCAGAUCGCUCCGAGUUCUUCUGCUGCUGAGGAAGAAGCUGAAGAAGAGGCACGAAGGCAGAAACAGUCACUCUCAGCUCCGCCGGCAGAUGCGAGGGGAGCUGCUGUCCAUCCUCAGCAGCAUGGCUGACCUCAGUAACGCCAUUCACUGGAUGCCGCCCGGCUUCCUGUGGGCAGGACGUUUCCCUAACUGGCUGGUGGGGCUGAUGGGCACCACGUCCUCUCUGAUUGGUUUGAUCCAGAUGAAUGCCGGUAGCGGUGAUCAGUCAGACACUACACAGUCUUCACCAGAGUGAGGAAGAGACGGCGACACUAAACGACUGACGGAUGUAUGGAUAAUAGUGGAAAAUUAUUAGACUCCAGUCAGACUGUCUGUGGAGAUUAACUGCAGUCCUGUAGCUUGUAGCAACAAGCACAUAAAAUUAAAUCGUGGCCUAUUACUGCUUUAAAAGCAAAAAAAAGUCACUGCACUUGUGCUUAAUUAAGAGUAAUUAAACAUCUCUUGAUGAAUUUGCCAACCCGUAUUCAAUUUAGUAGCUUUUGAUUUACACUUGGACAUUUUAGUCAUCAGAAAUAUCAAUAAGCUCUACUGUUCAUUUCACUACACUAAACAUGUUCUGCAGUAAAUUCAAGCCCUAACGACCCUGAGGUCAACAAGAGGGAAUUUCUGCUGUAAAACUUUUUUCUUUGUCUUUUGUUUUUUUAUGAUUUUGUCUAAAGAAUCAUCAAAAGAGAAGAAAAGUCAGGCAGGUCACGGUUUGAUUCUUGAGGAAACACCAGUGGUAACAUAGCCUUAAAGUUCCUGUUUAAUGGUCAGCUUCACUCUGGAAUAUAUCCACCCAGCUUCUUAACUGCUUAUCCAGCUCAGUUUCACCAGGAGGCUGGAGCCUCUCCCAGUCUGCACUCUGGAAUGGGAUUGUAAAUGAUUGCCUUUAAGACACACUCCAUGCGCCUGGCUUUAAAUAUAGCAUAGAAUCAUAAAAACUGUAUGAGUCUAUGCUAUAGAAUCAUAUGCUACACACAAUACUAUAUAACACACAAUAUAGUAUUGUGUGUUAUGAAUGUGGUGACUGAGCUGUUUCAACUUCAGUCGCGCAUUCAGUCAUUUUUAAAAUCAGGUUUUUUCCAACGUGUUACGUCCUCGAGUUUACACUGUAUCAACCAGGUUGGUUAAUGAGUUUCCCAGACAUUGAAGAGCUGUCACAGAACUGGAGAAAUAUCUCAGUUUCAUUUAAAAAAAAAAAAAAACAUUACCACACAGUUACCACUCAAAGUCCAAAUGUUUGAAUGUGGUUUGGUCUGCUAACGAUGAUGUUUGUAUGACUGAUGAAAUGAAACAGAAUGUGUCUGAAAUGUGUGCUAAUUUAAAUGUAAUAUAAUUUUAUAUCA